AUUUGUACAGAGGUUACGUCAUUGUGGUACCCAGUUCUCCGAGCUUGACAACAUCUGCGCGGUUUUUGUUGGUAGCAUUGAAAUAUCAACACAAAGACACCUCGCGGUCGGAGUUACAGAUACGAUCGACAAAAAUGGCUACACUUUCUGUAGUCCCCCUAUCGAAAACUACCCAAGACACUAGUUAUGUGGACAUCGAAGAAGACUGCUUAGCCAAAGAUACUUUACAAGUGUUGAAUUCCAUGCGAACUCACGCAGAACUUUGCGACGUAACAUUGCUAGCAGGCGAUCGGAAAAUUCCCGCUCAUAGAGCCAUACUAGCUGCAAGUAGCCCGUACUUUAGAGCUAUGUUUUUGUCUGGUUUUGUUGAGGCAAAGGAAGAGAGCGUUACAGUCAAGGAAGUCGCUUUUGAUGCUUUGGAAAGUGCAAUCGAUUACUUUUAUACGGCUAAACUUCGCCUGGAUUGCGAUAAUGUCGAAGAUAUUCUCAAAGUUUGUGUUGUUCUAAGGUUGGAUGGCCUCGUGGAUCACUGUGAGAUGUUCCUACGCCGUAACAUGACGCCGUCCAACUGCCUCGGGCUUCAGUCCUUGGCGAGACUUUUCUGCCUUGAUGGACUUAGCGAACACGCUAACCGAUUUGCUUUAUGGCAUUUUCAGAGUGUUUACCAAGAGGAAGAAUUCAACCGUGUUCCAUACCAACAGUUGAAAAGCCUCGUACAAGAUGACACUUUGAAAGUUCAGUCGGAAGAACAAGUUUUUCAAGCUGUUUGGAAGUGGCUUAAUCACGAUUUCCAUGGCAGAAGUAUGUUUGUCGCUGAUAUAAUGCAGUAUGUUCGAUUCCCUUUGAUGAAUUUACACUUUUUAUCUGACAAUGAAUUAGUCAAGCGGCUUAUUAGAGAACAUACUAUUUGUCGCGAGCUUAUCAGAGAAGCGAGAAUCUAUCAAAGUUCCGUAGAGUCUGGUGCUCUAGUACAGGUGGAUAAUUUCCGAGUUCGACCCAGAAUGGCAUCAGAAGAGAUCUAUGUUAUUGGUGGUUGGUCUAACGGUCAGAAAAUAAGCAGUGUUCAAUGUUUUAAUGUUGAUACUCUAGAAUGGACAGUUGUUGCUGGUAUGAGCGUGGCCCACGUCAACAGAGAGGACUAUUUCCGUGUUGUAGCUGUUCGCGACGAGCUGUAUACGGUUAGUCGGUACAAGGUUGGAAAAUACGAUCCCAUAUCGAAUAGCUGGAUUCAAGCGGCAACAGGUCCCGAUGUUCAAUGCAAAUGGGCGGGUGUUUGCGAAUGGGAUGGGUACAUUUAUGUAGUUGGUGGGCAUAGUAGCAUGUCAGCUAAGAGGUUUGACACCGAGAGUCUUUCAUGGGAGACGUUGCCUUUGAUGACCUAUGCUAGGUAUUACCCUGGUGUCGCUGUCCUACAGGGUCAUGUUUAUGCCGUGGGUGGGCUAGACCAUCUCUGGGCCCCCCUGAAUACUGGUGAGCGUUAUGAUCCGAUUAAAAAUCAGUGGACUGAAAUAUCUUCUAUGACAACGGCACGGUGGAGUCUCGGUGUUGCCGUCUUAGGGGAGAAGCUCUAUGCAAUCGGAGGAUCUGACAACAGGGAGUCCCAUAGUAAUAGCGUGGAGGUUUAUGAUCCUAGUACAAAUGAGUGGAGUGAAGCUGUGGCUAACAUGAACAAUGGUCGCCGAUGCCUGGGUGUGGCUGUUGUGAAUGACCUGAUCUAUGUCGUAGGGGGGAGAGUCGCCAACAGUAUCGAGUACUAUGAUAAGGAUCAGAAUGAAUGGACAGUUGUUGGUGCUGUAAAUACUAGAUGUAACUUUGGGUGUGUUGCUUUAAGAUUGAUGUAGUGUGAAGAGUACUUCCAACACCAUAUCUCAAGCACAUAUGUAGAGGUCUAGCUUCUUUCCCCUCCUGCAAAAUUUAAGAUUUACUGUAGUAUACAAGGAUUUUCUCUCUACCACAGAAAAAAAUGCUGGUUGCUGCCUAUCCCUCUAGAUCAAGAUUUGUGAACCUAAUUCUUUUCUAUUAGAGGUGGUGCUUUUGAAUGUUUGGAUUUCAGCUACUUGUUUAAACAGGAACUAUUUUAUUUGUUGUGUUAUUUUGAAUUUUAUAAGCCAUGUUUUUUUGUCUAAGAUUGUUUUACCAUUACUCCAAAGCAGAAAAAUAAGAGUAUUUUGUAUCUAGCGAACUCUUUAAAUGUUCACUCAAGACUAACUAUUUUUUUAUGUAUUUAGCAUUACAAAGUGUAUACAAAUUGAAGCUAAAAAUUCCCGUAACCCUAAGUUAAGAGAGGUUACCAUAUUUGGGAUGUUUCUUCAUGCAGGAAUAUUAACUUUAGGUCAAAGCUGUCAGUAUUUUGUGACACCUGCCAGUAAUUUAGGAAAAACUCAAUCAUCUGCAAUUAUUAAGCUCAAACAAGUAUGGCUAAAUGUUUGCUCUGUAGCAUUUCUGGGCUAUAGUGGCUAAAUAUUCAAUGGAUGACUUUGUUAUAACCAAAAAUAGUCAUUUUAUUGAUGUAUUAUUUUCUUACAUGGUUUUUGACCUGCAAACUGUUUGUUACAUAGCAGAAUCCAUGAACAUUGCCCUUUUUUAAUCAAUAUAAUUCUAUGAAUUUUUUGGGAUCUGUAGAUGUAAUCUGUAGAACUAAUAUAUCCUCUACAAUAUAGUUCCAAAAUGUAUGUAUUAUAGUAUUAUUACCAUAUAUUUAUCAUAUCUUUGGUCUGAUUUUGACAACAAGAAUAGUUUUUUUUUUCUUAAAGCUAAAUUGUCCUAGUACUGUACCAAAACAAACUGAAACUAGGGACUUGCAUAGGACCAGAACUUGUCAUUUAUUGAAAUGGUGUAUUUAUAUUUAUUGUGAGUCUUAGUUGCUAAGCAGCAUUUUAGAUAGACUCUAAAAAGACUCAUCAGGUAUCAGGUAUAAAGUUGAGUGCAUCAGAUCAAAAAAUUAUCAUUUGAAGGAAAGAAACACUUUGAAUCCAUAUUUAUGACUAACUUAAAACGGAAAAUCAUCCUUUGUAGGAAAGGAACACUUGAAUCCAUAUUUAUGACUAACUUAAAACAAGACUAAAGUAUGUUAACAAGCUAUUUGUCUACAAAGGCAGAUAUGGAGAAAUCUUUUGAAAUUUCUAUUGUUGGGAUACUUUAUUAGGGAGAUAGAGGUUAUAAUUAUAUAUCGAGUAGUAUAAUUGAAAGUAAUUGAAUACUAAAGAAACGGAUGUCGUAUUUAUCACUGCAAAUUAGAGAUCGUUCUUUGGACGUUUACAGAAACGAAUAAAAUUCCGCUGCUUGAUUGCU